UCCUCAGGUCUUUUAUGAUUUUCGCUAUGAUUACUUUUCGGGUGGGGAUUAAUAUUUCUAGAAUUGAAGUCUAAUACGAGAAUUUCUCUAAGAUUUGUAUGUUUGGACCACAACACUUUGUUCUUUGCUUAGUGCCACUAUCAACACUUUUGUUAGUUAAAUGUUGAGAAUAUUACUAUUAGUUCACUGAAUCAUUUAUUUGAAGGAUAGACCAUGCUAGGAUCGUCUCUCCUUGCACCCUCCAAGAAGAUAGAAAUUCAUAUUCUGGAAGAUGUCGGUAGAAUCCUGAAACCAUUGAGGACAUCGACGCAUCUCAAGACACCCUGACCUAUAGGAUAAAUGUCAGGGUUAUUAAAAUUUGGUCCCUGUCUACGGCGGAGCAAAAAUACCAAAAACCAAUGUUGGAGCUGGUGGUCAUGGAUCAUUUGGGAGAUCGCAUCCAAUGCUCAAUUAGAAACCAUCAAAGAAGGCAGUUUGAGCAUGAAGUGUCUGAGGGGAGUAUAUACACAAUCUCCAACUUCACAGUCUCCUCGAAUGAUUUAAAGUACAAGGCCACUAACCAUGCUAGCAGAAUAUAUUUCAAAAGGGAUACUCAAGUGAGGAUGGUUCAGGAUCCAACCUUUCCUCAACAUGUUUUUCGCUUCAUGCCCAACGAAUUAAUCCUUAACCACACUAAUGCACAAUCUCAUCUAAUUGAUGUCAUUGGCCUUCUCACUGCUAAGGGCGACAUCAUUGAAUUCACUAAGAAUGGGAAGAAGUGCAUUUACAUUGUGAUAGAGCUUGAUGAUAUGCAGGGAAAGGGUAAGAUCCGUUGCACACUGUGGGAAGAGUUUGCAACCCAACUGGUGAAGCAUAUGGAGGAACAACCAACAACAGAGUACAUCCUAAUUUUACAAUUUGCAAAAUUCAAUCUCUUCAAAGGUACAAUGGGUAUAUCAAAUACCAAUCACAAUUCUAUUAUGCACAUCAAUGCUGAUUUUCAGGAGGUGAAGGACUUUCGAAAGAGUCUUAUAAUGUCAGGAGUCCCAUCUGCGAAUCAACUCACCCAAAUAGUUGCUGAACCAGCAUAUUCCCUUGAAGAAGACCUCAUCAACAAUUCCAUUUAUAAGCCCAUAUCUGAGCUAAAAGAGACAUUUGAGGCUGGAACCUUUGUCACGAUUGGCACCGUCAUUGCCAUUGAUCCGAAGAACGGUUGGUGGUACAAAAGUUGCAAACAAUGCUUCACUUCCCUAAGGGAAGCAGAAAAUUCAUACCAUUGUGCAAAGUGCAACUCACACCCCUUGACACACACCCCAAGGUAUAGCAUUAAUAUGAAGGUUGCUGAUGACACUGACACAGCUAUUUUCUUGCUGUACGACAAAGAAGCCUCCAGAUACUUGGGUAUCUCUGCCUCUGAUCUAAGGCUCGCACAACUAACUAGGGGAGGAGUCCAUGAGGAAUAUCCAACUGAGCUGAAUGCAUUGGUGGGGAAGAAAUUCCUGUUCAAGUUAAUUGUUAAGAUGGAAGAUGUCAAUGCAUUCCAACCCUGCAAGAUUGUUGUUGCUAAACUUUGUGAGGAGGACACAAUUAUGAACAAGUUUCUUGAAAAGAACAACAUAUGUGAGCAAAGUGUGGGUGUUGAGAAUUCUGAAUUGCUUAGCAUGAACACCGACUCUGCUGAGACCCCCAAGGACACAAGUGCCCCAUCUACUGAGAAUUCAAUGGAGGUUCCGUUGGAUGCAUUCUCAACCCCCAAGAGCAAGAUAAUUACUGGUGGAUGGUCCAAGAAACUAAUUGAUGUCUACCCAGAAGAUCUUGAUGCAUCGUCUUCAAAGCGUAGGAAGGCCACCAACGGCGACAAGGCAACUCUUGCCAAAGAACAUCAUGAUUAGUCAAUUUGCAACUAAAUAAGCACCUUUAAGGGUUCAUAGUUCCCUAUAUCGGAAUCAGAAUGUGUGUCCGUCAUGUGUGUCCCUCGCACCAAUCCAUUUUGUGUCUGCAGUGGGUUGACCUGUUGCAAUCUCCUGUCGUCAGUCGCAUGAAUAACGUGGUUUAUUCAUAAUGAACCACUGUUGUAGUUGUCUUUGUCGUGUCGUGUGUGUAGGGGAAGCAUAUGCAGUGUCCAUGACAUGUAUGUGUUUCGUGUGUCUUUGCCUCAACUUGAAUGAUAUGAUGAGCCCAUGCUAUGCUCUAAUGCCUUUGAAUAAAAAAAAUGCAACA